AACGCACCCACAAGAUGAUUGAGCUGCUGACUGGAGAGGUUCCUAUAAGGUGUCAGGAUGUCACUGUCUAUUUCUCCAUGGAGGAGUGGGAGUAUGUAGAAGGACACAAGGAUCUGUACAAGGAGAUCAGAAUGAAGAAUCAAAAGCCCCUCACAUCACCAGAUGUCUGUUUCGGGAGCUCAGAUCAAAGUAUCGCACAAGACACAUUUAAAGAGCACGCCAAUGUUAAGCAGAAUAAAGAUCAUAAAAUAAUCAAAUGUCAAAGCAAUUACAAAAGGAAUAAGUCAUAUUCAUGUUCAGAAUGUGACAGAUGUUACAGCCGUAAAUCAAGUCUUGAAUUGCAUCAGAGAAAUCACACAGGGGAGAAGCCAUUUUCAUGCUCAGAAUGUGAUAAAAGUUACACUGUUAAAUCGCAACUUAUUAUACAUCAGAGGACUCACACAGACGAGAGGCCAUUUUCAUGUUCAGAAUGUGGCAAAUGCUUUACUCAGAAAUCGGAACUUAUUGACCACCUGAAGAGAAUUCACACAGGAAAUAAGCCAUUUUGUUGUUCAGAAUGUGGAAGAUCUUUUACCCGGAAAUCAGAACUUCGGAAACAUCAGAGAAUUCACACAGGGGAGAAGCCAUAUUCAUGUUCAGAAUGUGAGAAAUGUUAUGGGACUCGCUUAAGUCUUGUUAUCCAUCAGAGAACUCACACAGGGGAGAAGCCAUUUUCAUGUGCAGAAUGUGGGAAAUGUUUUAGUCGGAAAACACAUCUAGUUAGACAUCAGAUAACUCACACAGACGAGAGGCCAUUUUCAUGUUCAGAAUGUGGGAAAAGUUUUAGCCGUAAAUCAACUCUUGUUACACAUCAGACCAUUCACGUAGAGAAGCCAUUUUUAUGUACUGUAUGUGGAAAGAGUUUUGGCCAAAAGUCAGAGCUUAGUGUACAUCAAAAAAUUCACACAGGAGAAACAUUUUCAUGUCCAGAAUGUGGAAAGGUUUUUAGUAAAUAUUCAACUCUUAAGGCACAUGAAAGACUGCACACAGGAGAAGCAUUUUCAUGUUCAGAAUGUGGGAAAUGUUUUAAGCAAAAAGGUGAACUUGUUAGCCAUCAGAGAAUUCACACAGGGGAAAAACCAUUUUCGUGUUCAGAAUGUGGCAAAUGCUAUAAACAAAAAUCGCACGUUGUUGAACAUCAAAAAAUUCACACAGGAGAGAAGCCAUUUUCUUGUUCAGGAUGUGGGAAAUGUUUUGUCCUGAAAUCAAAACUUAAUAGACAUCAGAAAAUUCAUCUACAAAUCAUUUCUUCUUAAUCAUCAAAAAACUCGUAGAGGGAAGUAGCUACUUUCUAUUUUUAAUGUGUUUUCUUGACUCAUCAUACG